AUGUCAAUCAAUUGGAAAUAUGAUAUGUAAAUUAGUGAGGCUAUUAACGUUUUAGAAAGUAUAAGUUCAAUUUUGAUAAAUAGAUACUAGCCUCUCAAAAUAACAAUACAAAGAUCUUAUUUUAAGUUACCAUAUCUUAAGAUUAAAUGAUAAUAAAAUUAGCUAAUCGACACCAAAGACUUUAGAUUAAAGUCAAUAGCAAAAACUAAAAGAUACAAUUAAAGCACAUUCAGACAUCUUUAACAAUUAAUUCUCUUAGACCCAAAAUAUGUUUUAAUAAAUUCAAGAUCAAAAUAUUCCCUAGCUUAAUGAAAGCAUGGAAAGAGUUAGUGCUUAAUUGUAGAAUUUUGCACAAUCAAAAAGUGCUAAUUCAACUUUUUUUUCAGAAAAAUCAGAAAAAUAUGAAAAAUAUGAAAAAUUUGAAAAAAAAUAAGAUUCUGCAAUUAGUGGUAUUAGUGAUUACCAAUCUGAGUUGAAUUAAUUAGAGACAUCUAUUUAACAAUACAAGCAAAAGUUCUAAGUAUUAACUAAUACAUUGAAAACACACAAAAUUAAAUUUGAAGAGGAAAAAAAAAAAACUUUCUAAUAUUACGAUCAACUAAUAAAAAAUAUAUAGGAUAUUUAAAAUUAAUAAUAAUAAUAAUGA